AUGAGACUGUUUACAAGGAAUAUACAACUCAAGCUAGAUUAUGGCAACAACACUAAUGAAACUAGCAAUGUCUUUAAACCUAUCAGCACUUAUGUUCCAUUGUUACAUCCUGUACUAGAGACUUUUUCUAGACUUGUAGAAAAUGAUUUAUACAGUUUUUAUAACAAUAACACCAAGAGAUUCUACAAUAAAGGGAAUCUCAACUCUACAGAGAGACAGGUAUUACAGGAUUUACGGAAUGAUGAUUCCAUCAUUAUUACAUCCGCAGAUAAAGGCGGAUGCAUUGUGCUUAUGGACUAUGAACAUUAUAAGAGGAAUGUGAAUCAGCUACUUAGUGAUAGUAAGUCCUAUAGUAGAUUGGAUAAAGAAGAUGUGGUGAAGAAAGUGCACAUGGUGUACGCCAUGAUAGAUGAUUUACUAAAAAGUGCAGUCAUAGAUAAAGGACGAAAUCCAUUUGGUGAUAUUGCACCAUUACAGUUUAAAAUCCACGUUGGUCAGAAAGAGCUGAGUCAGGGAGUGUUUGGGCAGAAAUACAAGCAAGAAAUAUUUGAGAAGACAAAGGCUUUGCUGUUCAGUGGUGCACAAGCUUUCAUGAAUGGCCUUCUGCAGAGAAAUAGUGAAUCCUGUACACUGAUUCAGAUUACUAGCCUCGGUGGCAAUCAAGACUCAAGCAACUGGUGUGGACAGACCGUUACUGGCAAAGAUGGAAAGCUGUUGAAAAGCAUAUCUGCAUCACACAAAGCUAUACUCCAGUCAUGUUCCAGAGCCUGCUCUGCUUGUAUGAGAUCUGUUGGUGCCAUUGAUAAAUGUACCCAGUGUGAUCGAUUAAUAUGUCAGAGCUGCAGUAAAUCAUGUAGCUACUGUAGCAGAAUCUGCUGUUCCUUGUGCUUGGUUACAGCCUUUGAUGGGAGCUAUGAGAAGAUGCUGUGCAAUGACUGCUUACUGUACAGCUGAGAUAAAAAUGGUACUUCAUCGUCCUACAGUGAAGAGAACUGUCU